AGCACUACUUUAUGGAAAGAGAAAAGACGCUUUAAUAUUUCCAGAGAGACAAAGUGAACACAACUCAAAGUACGUUUUAACCAAAGGAAAAAGAGAACGUUUAUUUCACGUCGAUCUAUGGAGAUGGCCCUACCUGCGACCAUUCUACCAUCGAUUUCAACUUUCGCAUAUCCGAAGGAAAAUAGAUGGAAAAGCGAACCUGACAAGCCGCUGCCCAGCAGUUGCUCUGAGCUGGAUAUGGUACAGAACAUGGACUCUUACCGUGGUAGAAAAGACGACGAGGAUCUGAGUGAUUAUCUGGAUCUAGAAUUUAUUCUGGCCAACACCACUGGGCCGGAGACUAUCCCACCACCGGGGACAGGUGCGGACUAUCACCUGCCACCAAGUGAAUCCUGCAACCUCUAUCAUUCGGGAAAUGGCAUGACCACGUAUCAGUCGACCGAGCACUGCACGCCGCCUCCACCGUACACCAGCAGUCUUAUGACAGAGCUUUUAAGGUCUGAAGUUGACAACUCUUACGGCAUGGCAAACAGCAAUGCAAUUCACGGACGAUUUGUCGUCAACUCGACAGGUUUCCCGAGACAGGACUUUGUUGAUAUCAAAGUUGAACCACCCAUGGAUGGCUAUGGACCGGUUAUGGGCAUGGUUCCCCAGAGCUGUCAGAAAAUCAAACAAGAAGGCAACGUUUCCUGCAUGAUGUCCUUUGAUCAGCCAAGACUAGCAGUCUCUCCGCAGGCAGCAGGCAACAUCACUCCUCCGCUAAGCCCGGACGAUCAGGGCAGCUCGGGAUGUCAGACCCAGAUGUGCCAGUCCGUCUUCCCGCAGAACUACCACUCUGUCACGGCUUAUCCGCAUCACCCUGCGCCUCAACAGAUGCAGUUGCCAUACACAGGACAUCAGUUUACCAUGUUCGAGGAUGCAAUCAACAUGCAGCCCACCACUCAGAGAGCACUGCUGACACCCCCAUCCUCACCACUGGAGCUGCUCGAGUCAAAGCCCAAAAGAGGACGACGCACCUGGCCCAGGAAGCGCACGGCAACGCAUACCUGUACUUUUGCUGGCUGCGGCAAAACUUACACCAAGAGCUCGCACCUCAAAGCCCAUCACCGAACGCACACCGGUGAGAAGCCAUAUCACUGCAAUUGGGAAGGUUGUGGAUGGAAAUUCGCUCGCUCUGAUGAGCUCACUCGCCAUUUCCGCAAACACACCGGCCACCGUCCCUUCCAGUGCCACCUGUGUGAGCGCGCCUUCUCCAGGUCAGAUCAUCUGGCCUUGCACAUGAAGCGACACAUGUGAAGAUUCCAAGGACUUUUCUCAGUAUGGAGCAUUUGAAGAGUAUUUCAUUCCAAAACGUUAUUAUUGCAUUUAUUUAAUUAUUUUUUAAAGGGAAAAAAGACUUUUUUUUUUGUCGAUAAAGAUUUAUAUUGUUCCUAAACUUUUGUAAUAAUGUAGCUGGUACUACGUAGGUUAGACAGAGCCCUUUCAGGGUCAUGUAAAAGCAUUUUUGGGGGACAGACACCAUCUGGCAGGGCUGGUCCUGAAGUGUAUUUUUGGUUAAACUGGAACAGUGUAAAAGUUUCUAUGGUGCCUUUUAGCCACAGUAGCCUACAAACUGCUGUAUAAGUACAAGCCUGGCGACUUGCAAAUUUUCAUAAAAGGAAAAAAGGGAAAGAGAAUGAGUAUACAAGCAUAUAGACUAUGCACAAUGACAAUGUUUUGCUCUUAAAAACUGCCUCCAAAUAUUUGACGACCGGGACUGUAUGUUCAUGUUUUGGUUUUGUGAUACAGUCUUAAUUAGAAUUUUAUUUGGGGGGAAAAGGAAUUCUUAUUCAAAUAUGUUGUAUCAUAAAAGUACAAUAAUGUGUUCAAGCCCCAUUGUACAUGAGCACAUCAGGGCUAGAUGUCCUGUGUUUUUGUAAAAUGUAUAUACAUUUUGUAUUUUAAGUACUGUAUUUAGUGUAAAUAU